AUGGCUGAUCCUGGAGGUGGUGCUGUUUGCAGUGGGACUCUUCACAGUCAGAGUGAUGGCAUCACAGUGAAAACAGCACAGGGAACAGGACAGAGAGAGAAGCCCAGAUUUCAAGGAGACAUUGCUUCCAGCCAGAAAUCUGUCAUCUCUGAACUACAGGCAAACAGGCAAAAUGGAAAUUCCAAUUUCUAUAAGCCAACAGUUGAAUCCUUUGAAGAAGUACUUCUUUAUGCUGUGGUUUUAACUUACAUGGGAUAUGGAAUUAGAACACUGUUUAGCGAUCUCAGAGAUUUUUUGAGAAACUAUGGUAUAGAAAAAUGCAAAGCAGCUGUAGAGCGAGAAGAACCAAAGGAUUUUGUGCCACUGUAUCAAAACUUUGAAAAUGUUUAUAUGUGGAAACUUUACAUGAGAGUCAGAGACAACUGGAACAGGCCCAUCUGCAGGCCUGGAAUUCUGUUCGAUGUGAUGGAGAGGGUUUCAGAUGACUACAGCAGGAUGUUUAGGUUUACUGGAAGAAUCAUCAAAGAUGUCAUCAACAUGGCUUCCCAUAACUUCCUUGGCCUGGCAGCCAAGUGCGAUGAAUCCAUCAGAGCAGUAAAGGAUGUGUUAGAGACAUAUGGCUUAGGUGUGAGCAGCACCAGACAAGAAAUGAGUGCUGCUGCUGCUGCUGCUGGUGCAGGACCACAUGUGCACCAGGGGGCUGUGGGUAAUCACCUCACUCAGGCCUACAAGAAACUGGUUUGUUUGGUUGUAGGGACUUAUUUUAUGGAAUGUUCCAUCGUGCGUCUGCCCCAGAUUGUGGCCUUCAAGAAGAAAUACAAGGCUUACCUCUACAUAGAUGAAGCUCACAGUAUCGGAUCUGUGGGCACCAGCGGUCGUGGUGUGGUGGAGUUCUUUGGAAUGGACCCCAGAGAUGUUGAUGUGUGCAUGGGCACAUUCACCAAAAGCUUUGGAGCCUUAGGAGGUUACAAAGCUGGAAGGAAGGUAAGAGAGAGGGACCUUGUGGAUUAUUUACGGGUUUACUUGCACAGCACUGCAUAUGCUACAUCCAUGAGCCCCCCGAUAGCAGAGCAAAUCAUCAGAUCAGUGAAAUUCAUCAUGGGACUGGAUGGGACCACGCAAGGUAAGAGGAGAGUACAGCAACUUGUCAAAAACACAAGGUACUUCAGACAGAUUGAGAGAAAUGGAUUCAUUAUCUAUGGGAAUGAGGAAUCCCUCAUGGUUUUCCUGCACCUUUACAUGCCUGCUAAAGUAGUGUGA